AUGCUCGUUGGCUACGUUGAGAGCUGGGAUCAGCUUGCAGGCAAAGGUGUCAUUGCGGAAUUGGACCUCAGCGGUCCUCUAAAUGAGGAUGCCCCUCGUUUCACUGUCGGUCUUGAGGACUUGGACCUUGCGGGGCACUCGGAGUUGCGACGCGGCCGCUACGUGCGUUUCUGUCUCGAAUCUGGUGAUCGCACUGCUGCGCGGCGUGUCAUCAUUGACCGCGGCGCGGAGAGGAAGCGUGCGGCGCAGUUGUCGGCUGCUGCGGAGGACCAGGUGGAUGGGAAUGAUGGACGUCAAUACGGCACCGUGCGGGAGGUUGUGGAGGGUCGAUUUGGGUUUAUUCUUCUCGACGAGACGGGCGAGUCCGUCUUCUUUCACAUGAGCAACGCCGAGGGUGGAGUGGUCAAGCAGGGCGACACCGUCUCCUUCAUCAUGCGUGAGGUGACG